UCACCCAGAAUAUAUCUCUUAUAAUUUUCAGAAGCCAUGCAUAUUUGUUUCUUCAUCUCAGCUCGACUUCUCUGCAGUCAUAAAUUUUCGGAAAUCUAGUGUGAACACCUUAUGUCAUUACUUUAUGGCUCUGAUUUAUAGAUAAAAAUUGAAGGAAUAGAGCAACGAAGCCCGCUGCAUGGAAACGAGUCUACAGUAUAAUACGUUGAGAUCUGCUAUGAACACGCUGUCAGACGCCUAGUUACAACAUUUCUUUUAUCUGAUUCUUCUUCCGCCGCAUUGUUCUCCAAUCUAGGAUGGUUGGGACCAGAGUAUAUGUGGGUGGUCUCAGUUACCGCGUAGGAGAACGUGAUUUGGAACGUUUUUUCAGAGGUUAUGGACGCUUACGGGACAUUGUCAUAAAAAAUGGAUUCGCUUUUGUCGAAUUUGAUGAUCAUCGGGAUGCCGAUGAUGCUGUAUAUGAAAUGAAUGGUAAAGACCUGAUGGGUGAAAGAGUGAUGGUGGAGAGGGCUCGCGCAACCCCCCGGGGAAGAGGGCCGCGCGGUGGAGGCCCACAUCAGUACAGACCUCAGCCAUUCAGAACGAUGGAGCGGACUCGUGCAACACCCCAGGCGCGCGGGCCGCGUGGUGGUGGUGGUCCACAUCAGUACAGACAAGAUCACCCCAGGUAUGGAUUGCCAACUCGAACGGAUUAUCGCCUGAUAGUUGAGAAUUUGUCUAGCAGAGUGUCAUGGCAGGAUUUAAAAGACUUCAUGAGGCAAGCUGGAGAAGUCACCUAUGCUGAUGCACACAAGUCUAGACGCAAUGAAGGUGUUGUUGAGUUUGCUACGUAUGCAGAUAUGAAAGGUGCUUUGGAGAAACUUGAUGGGAAGGAGCUGCAUGGGCGUCGUAUCCGCUUGAUUAAUGAUUCAAGCUCACGGCGUUCACGUAGGACACGCUCUCGAUCAUCUUCAAGAUCUCGUUCAAGAUCUAGGUCACGUUCACGAUCCAGGUCCCGCUCUCGAAGCCGCUCAAGGUCCCGAUCCCAUUCACGCUCCAGGUCAAGGUCUCAGUCAAGAGAAAAACGUGAGAAGAAGUCUCAUUCUAAAUCAAGAUCUAGAUCCAGAUCUCCUCGUUCUCGAUCCCAGUCUAAGGAAAAGUCUAAGUCAAGGUCCCACUCAAGGAGCCGUAGCAGGUCACCAGACAGGGAGAAAAGCUACAGCAGAUCCCGUUCACGAACUCCGAAUGGGGAUGCUGAAGACAAUUAGUUUAGUAGGAUUAUAUGUCUUUGAUCAAUAGGUAUAGGUAGAAAAAGAAAUAAGAAAAUAAAAUCAUGAUUCAGUAUAAAGUUAUUUUAAUGUAGGAAUUCAGUAGCAUUAAGUGGUUGAGAAGGUUCUCACAUUUUGGAAGGGCAUCUUUCAUUUGUUAAUUAUGUUGCUGUGGGUUGUGCUUAAGUACAGGGGUUUUGUUUGCUGAAGGUUGUGCUGUUUAUUAAUGAAGGGCAUUUAAUAUUUACUUUGAAUAUAUAUUGGGAUGUAACAAAAGCUUCGGGCAUUAUUAUCCCUCCAUUUUAUUUGAGAAGCCUAGGCACUGAUGACUAAUUUUAUCAUGAGAAGUCAAGGUUGCAAAUGUGGAAUAAAUUCCUGUUAUGUCAUUUUUUAGUAUUCCAAAAUUAAAAUGCCAUAUUGGUGAUGAACCUUAAUAAAAUGUUGUAGAAGUAGAUGAGCUUUCAAGAUUGUAGAACAAUGUUUUCAAGGAAAAGUUUAUGCUUUUACCUACUUACUUUGGUCAUUGAUUAUAUAACGAACAGAUUACCCAGAAUAGUUAAGGCUAAAGUAUGUUAGUUGUAAAUACUUUAGGCCUCUAACUCAAAAAAUUUAGUUUUAAUAGUUUUGUGAACCUUAGGUUCGUUAAUGCAUUUUGUGGAUAUCUGAUACUGUACACAUUAAUAUGGCUUAAAGACACACAUUUAGAAAUAACAGGCUUUUUGCAGGUUUUCUUUUUGGAAUUUGUGUAUAAAUGUGGUUACAUUAAUUGCUGCACACAGUUCUUUAUACUGGAUACCAUGUUGUUUAUAUUGGUACAAAUGAAGUAGCUUUUUUGUCCAAUCAUUUAUCAGUCAUGUUUUUGUAAUGUUAAGAGAAUACAUCACAUAGCUUUUGUCCAAGUUUAACUACCCUUAGUUAGUUGCCAAAAUGACAAAAUGAUUGUUUUUUGCUGUAGUAUUGAAGCAUGAUUGAACAUCAUUUUGAGGUGGAGGUGUGCUGUUUGUUGAACAUUUAAUAAAAAAACAAAAAGGGAAAAAAAAGGUGUGAUAAAUGGUCGAGAGUCUAUUUUCAUUCAUGAUUGAAGUGUACAGCUGGAAGUUGGAUAGUGUGUGAUUUUCAGAUAACCAAAUAAGCAUGUGUAUAUUGUAUUCUUUAUACUCUUGUUUAUAUAGACUAAUGCUCUUGUUUAUAUAGACUGAUGGGCCUCUUUUAUUGUAAUUUGUAAGGUAGUCGACUUUUGUCUCGAGGAAACUAGGAACUACAUUUCAAUAUGAUUUUGUAAAGGCUGUUUGCCUCUUCACAACUAUCAUUAUUACUACAGAAUGAAAGUUUCACAAUUUGACUGUCUGGGUGGGUAAUGUUGAUAUUUUUUUCUUGAAAUUUUUGUCACAGUAAUAAAUGGUUCAUGGAGAA